CUGCUAUAAGACAUCCGUUUUACUAUGGUAAAACCUCCCCCAGCAGCACAAAGCAAACUACAGCCAACGGACGACACAGGAAACCAAAAAAAAAGCUAAAAUAAACCUUUGCUGGGUGGGAUUAAAUAUACUAUACCCAAUGGUAAGCCAAGAGUUCGAUGUUUGAAAUUAAGCUUUCUCGGUAAAAGACGGAUAGCGCUAUCUGGCCACCCUAUGGUUGGUGACUGUAGUACUGUUAUGCUCUAAGAAGGGCCUGGGUACCACCGAAGGUCUGCUCUCCCUGAGUUCUUAGUUUGAAAGGUCUGAAUUCUGCAUUUUCCUCCUGGAAAAUCAAGAUUUGGGUCUAAAAAUGAAGCUCGAUAUUCUAGACCCAAGGACAUCGAAGCUGAUCGCCACGUUUGAUGAGGUUGAUGGCAACACCACUGUUGGUGAGAUCAAGAAGCUCUUCUACCAGAAAAAACCAAAGUUCUACCCAAGCAGACAAGCCUUUAAGCUAGAACCAAGAGGAAAGUCAUUAAAUGACACAGAUACCCUCAAGUCGCUGGAGAUUACAGAAGAUGGUCAACUGUACUUCAAAGAUUUAGGUAUGCAGAUAAGCUGGACCACAGUUUUCAUGGCAGAGUAUGCUGGCCCCCUGGCUGUUUAUCUUUUCCUAUAUGCGCGGCCAUCAUUUAUUUAUGGUGCUGAUGCAGCUAGCAAGCCAGUAGCACAGGUGGUCAAUAUUGCAGCUGCUUGCUGGUCAUUUCAUUAUGUCAAGAGGCUUUUGGAGACUAUGUUUGUCCACCGAUUCUCUAAGGGGACCAUGCCCAUUUUCAACCUCUUUAAGAACUGUAGCUACUAUUGGGGAUUUGGAUUCCUUGUUGGAUACUUUAUAAACCAUCCACUCUACACCCCGCCUAAGUUUGGGGACAUGCAGGUGUAUGGCAGCUUAGCGGGAUUCUUGAUAUGUGAGCUUGGGAACUUCAGCAUUCAUACUCUUCUCAGAGACCUUAGACCCCCAGGCUCCCAUGAGCGUCGCAUCCCCUAUGCCAACAGUAAUCCAAUGACUCAGCUGUUUAGAUUUGUGUCAUGUCCAAACUACACCUAUGAGACUGGUGCAUGGAUUUGCUUCACAGUAAUGACUCAGACGUUUGGAACUGCCUUGUUCACUUUGGCCGGAUUUUACCAGAUGACCGUCUGGGCUCUCGGAAAGCAUAGAAAUUACAAGAAAGAGUUCCCCGACUACCCUCGUCGACGCCGUGCUAUCAUUCCAUUCUUCAUAUAAUCCACUCCACCCUCGUCAUACAUACAGCGGUGUUGUCUCAUUACGAGUGUGAAAAUAUUCACAAGCUUACUUCCCGACCUUCCCCUCGGGUUCCCUGUGGUUGACCGUUUAGGGUGGCCUCUGACCUUUAAAAAUUGAGCGCUGUAUUAGCUGAGAGAUGUCCUGUGUUUUUCUCUAUUCACAUUCCAUCAAAUCAAUUUUUUUCCUUCUGUACAAUAAAGAUCAAUAUUUUGUUUGAUUA